AUGAUUACUAAGAAAGAUAAAGAAUGGAUUGGUUCACUGCUUGUGGCUGGUGUCAAUUCAAGUGAGUUUUUCUAUAGAAGGAAGCUUGUUGUUCAUGUUUUGGAGUUGGAGAUUAUAGUCCACUCUGUAAUUAUUGGAAUUUCCUUGGGUGCUUCUGAAACUCCAAAAACCAUAAGGCCUCUUGUGGCUGCCUUGACAUUUCAUCAAUUUUUUGAGGGCAUGGGACUUGGUGGAUGCAUGGCUCAGGGGGUUUUAAACGCAGCAUCAGCAGGGAUAUUGAUCUGUAUGGCACUUGUGGAUCUUCUCUCAGCUGAUUUUAUGAACCUAAGAAUGCAGAACAAUGGACAGCUUCAGUUAAAGGCUAAUGCUUCCCUCCUUUUUGGUGCUGGCUUCAUGUCUCUCUUGGCUAAAUGGGCUUGA